GGAAAAAAGAUGGGGGGCGAAUUUGUGAAUACGUCGUCUCAAGUUUUUAGGACGCCGGCGGUUUAUGAUAGGGAGAUGGUUGAUUAGUGGAUUGUCGGCGUAUAGCUGCGGGAGAAAUUGUUUGAGCAGUGUUAAUUAAUUGUCUUAUGCUGUGAAUUGAAAUGGCGUCGGCGCUAUUAUCCAGGACUCUCUUUGCCCACCGACUUAUCAAGUCUUCCACUUUCUUACACUCCAGCAAGUCCCAAUUCUUUUCUUCUAAAUGUCAGAAGAAACCAUUCUACUCCCAAGCUGCACCAAUCCAUUUCUCUUACAAGGUGCUGGGUUCUGUUACUUGUUGCAUGGCUUCAUCAAGGGCAACAUUCUCAACACAAGCUGUAUCCACCAAUGAACCUGUUGUUUCAGUUGACUGGCUCCAUGCAAACCUCAAAGAGCCUGAUAUAAAGGUACUGGAUGCAUCUUGGUACAUGCCAAACGAGCAGAGGAACCCUCUUCAAGAAUAUCAGGUUGCACAUAUUCCUGGAGCACUCUUCUUUGAUGUAGAUGGUAUAUCCGAUCGUACUACAAAUUUGCCACAUAUGCUGCCAUCUGAAGAAGCAUUUGCAGCUGCUGUAUCUUCUCUUGGAAUCGAGAACAAAGAUGAGGUUGUUGUCUAUGAUGGGAAGGGCAUCUUUAGUGCAGCUCGUGUAUGGUGGAUGUUUCGAGUUUUUGGACAUGACAGAGUUUGGGUUCUAGAUGGUGGCUUGCCAAGAUGGCGUGCUUCUGGAUAUGAUGUUGAAUCCAGUGCAUCUGGUGACGCAAUUUUGAAAGCUAGCGCUGCCAGUGAAGCAAUAGAGAAAGUAUAUCAACGACAGGCGGUUGCACCUAUUACCUUUCAGACCAAGUUUCUGCCGCAUCUCGUCUGGACCCUUGAUCAGGUUUGGAAGAACAUUGAAGAGACAACAUAUCAGCAUAUAGAUGCUCGAUCCAAACCUAGGUUUGAUGGUGUUUCACCAGAGCCUCGAAAAGGAAUAAGAAGUGGUCAUGUACCUGGGAGCAAGUGCAUUCCUUUUCCACAGAUGCUCGAUGGCUCUCAGACACUUCUAUCUAAUGAAGAGCUCAAGAAAAAAUUUGAUCAGGAAGGUAUAUCUUUGGACAAACCUAUAGUAACUUCCUGUGGCACUGGAGUAACAGCUUGCAUACUUGCCUUGGGCCUCCAUCGACUUGGAAAGACUGAUGUUCCAGUCUAUGAUGGUUCGUGGACAGAAUGGGGAGGGCAUCCAGAUGUACCAGUCUCCACAUCUGAAGCAUAGAUUCUACAUGGUUUCGACAAAUGCUUCUACAUAUGACUUUACAAGGCCUACUUUGUCUCUUUAAUAUCUUGUUGGUGAAUAUGAUAGGAGGUGUUGUAUGAUGGAAUAAUGAAACAGUAUGAUAUUCAAAGAUAGUUAUGACACAUAAAUAUGUCCAGAGUCUCAUAGGGUGGGAAGUCAAAUGAAAGGAUCCGGAGACGAGUUGCCAAUGAAUUGUUAUCCUGUUGGGACUUAUCUUGUGUUAGGACUUGGAUGCUAGUAGUAGUACGCAGGGGAAAUCAGAGAGGGGGGGGGGGGUGUCAGCUCACCGGAAAAUGUUGUUCAAAGGGGUUAACGGCCCAUUUAAAAGUGGAGGUGGUAUUAUUUCCCAACUAUUAUUGGUUAAGUUGAAUUUAUUCGGAGUCCAAUUUUUCUGAUCUUUCACAAGCAACAAGCAUGUGUUCCGCUUCAUACGAGCACCAAUGACAAAGUGAACUAUGAACGGAUAGAGUGUUUUUUUUUUCCAGACACA